GGAUCGCAACAGGCGCAUGGAGGCGUGGACCGAGCGCGACCAGCAGCUGCUGCGGCAAUGCGUUUUUGAGCACGCGUACGACUUUGAGCUCGCGGCUAAAGCGCUCUGCGCGCGUCUGCCCAAGGCACGCCGGCUAGCCCUGAGCCAAGAAGCCCCGAUCGACGCGGCUACCUGCGCUGCCAAAUGGCAGGAGCUCGAGAGCUACGCCGACGACGACGACCAAGAUGACGAAGACGACUACGAUGACACGACACCUAUGCGUGUCAAGGAGGCCGCGUCAAGCCCUUUGCUGCGCCUCGAGCUGCCACUCAGCGAAACUGAUCUGGAUGCGCUUCUGAGCGACAUCACCGUCCCACUACCGACGACCAACAGUAGUGAGAUGCAAUGGGUGCUCUCGUACCUCGAUGAUCCGACCAAUGUCACGAGCGCGCACGACGACGAGGACAUGGCCACGUUCGACGCUGAAUAUGCAUCGUACAAGGGCCACGCCGAUCAAGACGCGUACUUGGCGAGCUUGGACGAAGCGUUUGCGCGCCUCAAACGUCAGAGCAGCCGCAGCGUGGACAACAUUAGUAUUGUGGCGCCGCCUCCCGCGCCCAGUGACGCGACAGAGCUUCGGUCGGCGACUUUGCCACCGCCGGUCGCCAUGGCAUCUCCAUUGCGGCCACCGUCGGUCGUCGCCGCACAAGCCCCUGAGCUAGACGCUGACGCAACUUUGACGCCCGCCUUGCCAAUCGUGCACAUGGAGCAGCGCUUGCCGCCUCCGCGUGGCCCGCUCGAUGACGACGACGACGCAGCGUCGAGCAUCGAGUCCGAUACUGAAGAUGAGUGGCAGCGCGCGCGGCAGUCCAUGAAACGCCGUGCAGUGCCAUUCUUCGAUGCCCCUCCUCCGUCCACGACACCCGACAAAAGCGUCGUUGCAUCGCCAGACGACAACGAUACGGGUGAUGCGGUGGACGAGGACGAGCGGCGCGAGCGAGCGCUUAUAAAGCAGUGGCAGCAAGAGCUUCAGAGACAGCAAGACGACGACAAUGUGUUGCAGCAGCAGAUCCGCGACGCCGAGCGAACGCGUCGUCGCCUCGAGUUUGCGGCGCUUUUGCAGUCGACGGCGGCAUCGACGCCACAAAAGGAUGCGUGCAUCUUCACCCUCGCGCCCCCCAACCCAUUCGAGCUCAGCACCUCGAGCUUGCAUUCGGACGAGCCAGAGAUGGUCCUUUGCCCAUCCUUGUCGUCGCCUUGCGAGCCAACUCUAGAAGCACCAGCAUCCGUGUUUGUCGCACCGACCAUUUCGGACGAGGUGCCCAGCGCACUGGCGGUUCUUCGAACGGCCGACGUCCAUCGCCGCAUUGAGGAGAGCAUUGCGGCCAGCGACCUCUGCGAGCCGCUGUACCACCGCCAGCUGUCGCACGGAGCAUUUCUACCCACGCUGCCGCCACCCUACUGGGAUGCGCUCUUCGCGUACGGGGCACACGAUGACGACAGCGUUGCCUUGCAGGACGCACACGUCUUGGUCUGCGGCCUCGAGACCACCGACGCGCGGUUUCCGUUAAUCCUACGCCACUUGCUCCAGCUCGAGGCCAUGUUUCCAUCCACAGUGCUCUUGGGGCUUGUGAGCUCGGUGGCCUCGGACCCUCUUCGCACGCUCUCGUUUGUGUCGCCGAGCCCAGGGCAUUCGCUGGCGCGGCGCGUGCUGUACGUUGCCAUCUCGACGCCCGACCUUGCGGCGAUCACCGCGUCACCCGUGGCGGGCGCCAACGUGCUGCUCGCCGAUUGCUGCGAGGUCGUCUGGCCGACGUCAACGGCGCAUCCGAUCCACCUCUUUACGCGGCUCCCGGCCUUUCAAGUGUUUCCCUUCCAGCUACACGACCUGACGCCGCGCUUAGCACCCGAGACAACUGUCGCCGUGCUCGCAGGUCCAGCGUUCUGUGGCCUCUCUGACUUUUUAGCCCUUCCCGACGUGGACGUCGUCGGCUGCAAGCUUUGCUUUGGCGCACGCUUUGAGGCCAACUUGGCCGUGCCGUCCAGCGUCGCUGGCGCGCGCGUGCAUCUCGUGCUGGCGCUGCGUGGACACAGCGCCGUGGCCACACUCCGUGACGCAGCGUUUCUGCAUCGCCAGGGCGUGUACGUCUCGCACGGCGUCCUCCAGGCGAAGCGGGAUGUCGUGCAUUGGCUGGGCGGUCGCGUCGUGGCGACGCAUGCGACGCCGCUCCCGACGCACUUGCCCCGUCCGCGACCGCUCUACUCGAUUGUGCUCAAGCCCGAGGCGCGCGUGGCGGUGACGUACCCAUCGAUGCUACCGCCGUCAUCGCUGGGUGCAGCCGUCGACGCACUCGCUCGGUGCGGCUACACGCUCACGGGACUCCAUCGAUGCAGCGCAGGCUGCGUCACCAUGAUAUGCUUCAAGGAACACGGAGCGAUCCAUGCACCGAUCUUGCAGCAAGCGUUGUGCGAGAGUACGCGUCUCAAUGUACCGGUACUUGUCGCGUCGGAGAGUGUGACGGCGGCCAUCGCCCGAGCGACCGAGGUGGCGUUGCCGUUGCCGAAGCCAUCGCCGUCGCCUCCGCUCAUUGCCGACUCCAAUCGAGAGCAAACUCUCUUGGCGGUGCUGUCUCCGGAGGCGUUUUCCGACGCAGGCACCGCAUCAUUCGAGCUGCCGCCCCUCGGCUCUGCCCUCACAUCCCUCUUGGGCAACGCCGAGACGUGGCAUCUUCUGGGCCUCAAGCUCGUGACUGCGACGCCCGAGAUGGCUACCGCCUUGGCCAAAGACAUUCCGGGUCUUCCGGCGCGGCUGCUUUUGGUGGUCUUUCGACAACGGCUUGGCGGCAGCAGCAUCAAGAAAGGGCUGGCUCAUGUCUGGCUGUACUCGUCGCCAACCAUCGUCUAUGGGCUUGUGCACCAGUUUUUUGCGGCCUCGGAGCUGCAUCAGACGCAGCCUUCGCCGUUGGAUAGGUGCUACCCGCCAUAUGCGCAAGAGCCGUUCUUUCUACUCGACAAGCCGGCACCGCUGCUAUCGCUCGUGGUUAUCAAGCCACACGCACCGACGUCGCUACUGCCAUUGCUCUUCCGGCGCCUCGCACGGGACGGCUACACGCUGCUGGACGUACACAUGACGGUAUUGUCGCCCCUGCAAGCCCACGCCUUCGCGACCAACGAUGACGAUCAAGAGGCCUUGCUCACGUCCGCGCCUGUUGUGGUGUGCACCGUGCGUCGACUUGACGCCGUUGCGCGCCUUCAAGAGCUCGUUGGCCCCACCAACCCAGAGGACGCAAGGCGGGUAGCGCGGCACUCGCUUAUUGCAGGCUACGGCAUCGACGCGGCGCACAACGCGCUAUACACUCCGUCGUCGUACGCGGCGGCGCGAAAGGACUUGGGACUGCUCUACCGAGACGUCCUCUCGGAUGCCUUGUACGACGACCUCACGCGACGGAACACACCGCCGGCGCUGCAGUGGCGGCUUGCAGAGAAGAUCCCAUGCGUGGUAGAAAUGACGCCAAAGACGCUGGUCGAGACGACGCUUGUCCUUUUGCUUGGACCGCUCGUGGACGUCGCGGGGGCCAUUCUUCCGUGGCUUCUCGACGAAGGUGGUUUUUCCCUUGUCAACAUCCAACUUGGCCCGGCGCUACGCAGUCACGCCCACCACUUGUACUGGGCGUCGCAGCUAUCUACGGCCGCGCUCGAGAUGCCCUUCAUGGCCUUGGCGUUGGAGCGGGACAACGCCGUGUCUCGGAUGCUGGCGCUCCUGGACAACCAAGCAGUGACCAAGUUCCUUCCGUCGAGCUCGGAGCGCAACGACGAGUGUCUCUUUGCUUGCUCCAGAACCUCCAAGCACGCACUGCAGGAACUCCCGCUCAUUUUUACCGAACUGCACAACAGUGUGCACGCGAUUCGGGCGCUCUAACUCUGUAUGGUCGUACUUUCUUC